AUCACGCAGAAUGUCGACACCGCACGCGCAGCGCAUCCUCUGCAUCCUCGGAUUUUUUAUAGUGUUGUGUUCGGCUACAGUACCUGAACCUCAAACGGUCCACCAGCAUGAAGUCGAAACGAAAAAAGUUGAAUUGUUCGAAGGAGUGUCCGUGAAGAUUCCCCUAGGCAAGAACACGAGCAGUGUCAUGUCCCUCGAAAUCGAAACUGAUAAGGGUGAUCAGGAAGGACGGGGCAAAAAACAGAAACUUAUGCAGAAGAUUCUACCUUUAUUCAUCAUGCCGUUCGUUCUACAGUCCGCAAUUGUGCCUUUAUUCCUGAGUAUGCUUAAAUUCAUGCUAUUCAAAUCCUUAAUGGUCGGAAAACUAGCGCUUUUCCUCAUUUUAAUAAACGCUUUCAAAAAUCAUAAUUCCGUGAAAGGUCGAGAUUCAGAAAUAGCGAACGUUCAUUACGGCUAUCACGACAGCGGUAUGGAAUAUGGAGCUUAUAUUAACUAG